AUGGGUUUGAUUUCCAAGAAUCGAGGACCUUGCCAAGUAUGCCACAAUACUGAAACCACCCGCCGUCACUUUGGUAUUAUUUCCUGCACGGCUUGCGCUGCAUUCUUCCGAAGAUCCAUUGGAAUGCAGUAUUUAUGUACUGCAGAGAAUAGAUGCACUAUUUCUUUUGAUAGGAAGUUCUUCUGCAGAGCAUGCAGAUAUGCGAGCUGCUUGAAGGCCGGGAUGAAGCUGGAGCUAAUUCGGAAGCAAAAGAACAACAUCUAUCUGCGUUUUCCCGACGCGGCUAGCAAUCAGCAAAACCUGGUCAGAGAUAGUAUGUCACCUGCCACCUCUGAAGGUGGCCAGUCAUCAUCUUCAAAAACCGACGAGGAAUCUGAUGAUCCAGAGUAUAGCAAAAUCUUAAAGAUGUACCAUGAUGAUUUACUGCAGUAUUAUGUGAAGGAAGUAAAGAAAAUGAUGGCCGAGAAGCGGAGAGGCUGUGAAAAAAACACCCUUCAAAUAAAGACCAUCAGCGACCUGAUGUUAAUCACCGCUCGUCAAAGUGGCCCAUCAAUGGAGGAAUGCCUGCGAUGCCCUGGAGUUGACAUGCUUGAGAAGGAAGAUGUGGAGGCUCUGCUGAGAUACUACAGGUUCUCAAACAUCUGGGUUGACUCGGUGCUCAUCGAUUCCGUUUUGGAAAGCGCAAAAGGUGAUAGCCACACUGAUACUGAUGACCGACUAUCCCGCUUCAUCCAAGAAGUCAAAUCAACUCUGGGAUCCUCUCUGGCUCAUCUCAACCUGAACAUCUACGAGUUCGCAGCUUUCAAGGCAUUGUGUAUCUGGAAGCUCAGAUUCUACGAGACGUCUUUUGCUCAGAAAAUCAUUGCUCAUGAGCAUUAUGAAGGUGUCACUGGCGCUCUGAGGAAUUAUUAUGAGAACUGCACUGAACUUGCCGAUAUGGAAAUUGCCAUUCGAAUUGGUGACAUCACAUUGCAAAUCGUAACUGUUCAGAACACCUACCACGAAAUGGUCCGGCUCUACUACCAAAUUGGAAUGCCCCUAUGAUCUCUAAAACUUUUUUUUUUCUUAUUGAUUUUCACAAUAAGAAUAUUCAGGUGUGAAGAAUUAUUCACAUUUUUAUUCAUGAUUAUUUGUAUUACAAUAAUAUAAUUCAAUUAAUAAA